GCCACCUCUGAGACCCUCCCCCACACUCAGUGAUUUUCAUGAACUAUGUGAAAAUCUGGAAGCAUGAGGAUGAGUCCAGUCCCUGCCACUGGGUAACCCUGGGCAAGCUAUUUUAGCUUCCACUUCCUCACCUGGCAAAAUAAGUGGGUUGGGUGGGGUGAGCUCUGAGUCUCUUCAAAUUCUCACAUUCCUGAUUCUAAUCUUUAAAUAGAGAACAUUUCAAACAUGACUAGAUGUCUCAGGAGAAAUGUAAUGGACAAUCUGCCAAGUUUUUCAAAAAGGUGCUGCAAACCACAGCUCCAAGUGCAAGCCCGCUCGGGGCCCUGGGUGGGUGGGGAGGAGCAGAGCCUUCUUAGAGGGGCUGCAGACCCGGAUCCAGCCUUCCCUGGGUCUCCCACUUUUGAACUCUGAGCCUCUGGGGUUCUAGCUCAGAGGGACCCCCUCCCAGGCAUAGGCUUUUGAUGCUGUGGUUUCCCCGCACCACUGUUUACCAUUCCUCCAGAAAUUUGUAGAUGGCUCUUCUGAUGGCUGCCAUCUUGUUCUCUUUGCUUUGGGUCUAUACCUUUAUUAUUCCUCUGUUAGUUCAGUGGAUUCUCUGGAGUUGGGGGGAAGGCAUUAAGCACACGUGGCCGAUCAGCCACUUUUAACGUGAUGUGCUUUUAAUUGUGUUUUUAAUUGGUUGUGUUUUUAAUCGUGAUGUGUUUUUAAUUCUCUGCUCUUUCUUAAGCCAAAGGGCUACGUUUUGGUGGCUAUGUCAUCCCGGGGUUGCCUGUGUGUGUUUGUGAGGGAAGUGCUCUGAACACUAGACUAUUAUCUCCUUUUGGCAUGUGCUGCUCGUUCAUUCUCAUCACUGAAGAAUGAGAGGGUCUGAGCUGCAUGAAUCAGAAUCACGGCUGUAGUCACAUCUGCAAGGAGGCCCCAAGGGGCAGCGUUGCCUGUGAGUGCCGGCCAGGCUUUGAGCUGGCCAAGAACCAGAGAGACUGUGUCUUGACCUGUAACCAUGGAAACGGUGGGUGCCAGCACUCAUGCGAGGACACUGCUGAAGGCCCCGAGUGUAGCUGCCAUCCACAGUACAAGAUGCAUGCAGAUGGGAGGAGCUGCCUCGAGCGAGAAGACUCUGCUCCGGAGGGGACAGAGAGCAAUGCCACGUUGGUGGUGGACGGCGACAAGCGGGUGAAGCGGCGGCUGCUUAUGGAAACGUGUGCUGUCAACAAUGGAGGCUGUGAUCGCACCUGUAAGGAUACUUCGACAGGUGUUCAUUGCAGUUGUCCUGUGGGAUUCACACUCCAGUUGGAUGGGAAGACCUGUAAAGAUAUCGAUGAGUGCCAGAGCCGCAAUGGAGGUUGCGAUCAUUUCUGCAAAAACACCGUGGGCAGUUUUGACUGCAGCUGCAAAAAGGGAUUUAAAUUAUUAACAGAUGAGAAGUCUUGCCAAGAUGUGGAUGAAUGCUCUUUGGAUAGGACCUGUGACCACAGCUGCCUCAACCACCCUGGAACAUUCACAUGUGCUUGCAACAAAGGGUACACCCUCUAUGGCUUCACCCACUGCGGAGAUACUGAUGAGUGCAGCGUCAACAACGGGGGCUGUCAGCAGGUGUGUGUGAACACAGUGGGCAGCUAUGAAUGCCGAUGCCACUCCGGGUACAAGCUCCACUGGAAUAAAAAAGACUGUGUGGAGGUGAAGGGGGUCCUGCCCACUAGCGUAUCACCCUAUGUGUCCCUGCAUUGCGGUAAGAGUGGCGGAGGAGACAGGUGCUUCCUCAGAUGUCACUCGGGCAUUCACCUCUCUUCAGGACUGCAAGAGGCCUACUCUGUCGCCUGUGGCUCUUCCUCUUCUCUCAGGAGCAAACAGCAAAAAUCAAAUGACUCAGCUUUCGGGGGUAACAUUUCUCACUUGUUUCUUUCUGAAGAUGUCGCCACCAUCAGGACAAGUGUAACCUUUAAACUAAAUGAAGGCAAGUGUAGUUUGAAAAAGGCUGAGCUGUUUCCCGAGGGUCUGCGACCAGCACUACCAGAGAAGCACAGCUCAGUAAAAGAGAGCUUCCGCUAUGCAAACCUUACAUGCAGCUCCAGCAAGCACGUCCCGGGAGCCCCUGGCCGCCCAAGCACCACUAAGGAAAUGUUUAUCACUGUUGAGUUUGAACUUGAAACUAACCAAAAGGAGGUGACAGCUUCUUGUGACCUGAGCUGUAUCGUCAAACGAACAGAGAAGCGGCUCCGGAAAGCCAUCCGUGCACUCCGGAAGGCUGCCAACAGGGAGCAGUUUCACCUCCAGCUCUCAGGCAUGGACCUGGAAGAGGCAAAAACGUCUCCCAGGACACCUGAACACCGAGUGCAGUCCUGUGGAGUGGGUCAGGGCCGCGCAGGAAACCAAUGUGUCAGGUGCAGGGCUGGGACAUAUUAUGAUGGAGAACAAGAACGCUGCAUUUUGUGUCCAAAUGGAACCUUCCAAAAUGAGGAAGGACAAAUCACAUGCGAACCUUGCCCACGACCAGAAAAUCCUGGAGCCCUGAAGACUCCAGAAGCUUGGAAUGUAUCCAAAUGUGGAGGUCUGUGCCAACCUGGGGAAUAUUCUGCAGAUGGCUUUGCACCCUGCCAGCUCUGUGCCCUGGGCACAUUCCAGCCUGAGGCCGGCCGCACUUCCUGCUUCCCCUGUGGGGGAGGCCUCCCCACCAAACACCUGGGAGCCACUUCCUUCCAGGACUGUGAAACCAGAGUUCAGUGUUCACCUGGACAUUUCUACAACACCACCACUCACCGAUGCAUUCGCUGCCCAUCAGGGACAUACCAACCUGAAUUUGGAAAAGAUAACUGUGUUUCUUGCCCAGGAAAUACUACCACUGACUUCGAUGGCUCCACAAACAUAACGCAGUGUAAAGACAGAAGAUGUGGAGGGGAGCUGGGAGAUUUCACCGGAUACAUUGAAUCCCCAAACUACCCAGGCAAUUACCCAGCCAACACCGAGUGUACAUGGACCAUCAACCCACCGCCCAAACGCCGAAUCUUAAUUGUGGUCCCUGAGAUCUUCCUGCCCAUAGAAGACGACUGUGGAGACUACCUGGUGAUGCGGAAAACCUCUUCAUCCAAUUCCGUGACAACAUAUGAGACCUGCCAGACCUACGAACGGCCCAUCGCCUUCACCUCCAGAUCAAAAAAGCUGUGGAUUCAGUUCAAGUCCAACGAAGGGAACAGUGCCAGGGGCUUCCAGGUCCCUUACGUGACGUACGAUGAGGACUACCAGGAGCUCAUUGAAGACAUAGUUCGAGAUGGCAGGCUCUAUGCCUCUGAGAACCAUCAGGAAAUACUGAAGGAUAAGAAACUGAUCAAGGCUCUGUUUGACGUCCUGGCCCACCCCCAGAACUAUUUCAAGUACACAGCCCAGGAAUCCCGGGAGAUGUUUCCAAGAUCCUUCAUCCGAUUGCUGCGUUCCAAAGUGUCCAGGUUCUUGAGGCCUUACAAGUGAGCCCGCCCCACGGGACCCCCGGUGACACGUUCUGCCUGUGGGCUGGUGGGACACAGCUGUCUGCCUCUGCGGCCAACAUAGUUGGAUAUUGCUGCCUCCCGUAGCAGUGACUCAUUAGAGUUCAAUUUUUAUAGAUAAUACAGAUAUUUUGGUAAAUUGAACUUGGUUUUUCUUUGCCAGCAUUGUGGAUGUGGACCGAGAAUGGCAGUGAGUCCCACCACCUCUCACUGCUGUGGGCAGAGGUCUUAGAGCAUCAAGAGCUGGCUGAGCGGGACUCUAGUCAGCUCAGGCAAGACUCACCAGUCCCUCCUGCUUCUCACUCCUCCUCAAGGCCUCCUCAGAGGCCGUGGUGGAAAGGAGGCCACAAAAGAGGCUGCUUUGGCUGAAACUUCAGCUUCCUCCUGCCCGGCUCUCCCUAAGGGAGCCCUCUGCACCGAGGCUGUGACCAGGCAGAGCAGGAAGGGAGGAAGGGAGAGAGGGAAGAAGUGAGAGUGCUCCAGGCACCAGGCCUCACCUAAGACCUGGGAGGAUUCCGUUUCCCUGUGGCCUUCUCCAGCCUGUGUGACCUUCGUUGGAUGCCAGGAACUUGGGUUCUAAGCAGUGAUCAUUAAAAAAAGUACUUAAAACAGAAUUAGAGAUAAAAAGAUAAAAAUUAAGCACUUCCAGAGACAUGAUCCGAUAGUUCUGGGGACGGCCUUCCUUGUGUCCAGCUUCUGCUCGGCGGCAAAUGCACAGUGCUGGUUUUAGCACCUUCAGCUGUCUUUCUGGUACCCUGCUUGGCACGGUGUUAGGGCCUGGAGAGUUCAGGGCGGACUUGAUCUCUUUGGUGGAUGAGAAUCACCUACAGUUAGGAGAAGUACUGCCUCACAAACCCCGAGUUUCUCUUAACCAUCACACCACCACCAGAGGCAGCUACACAAAUCCCGCUGUCUAGGUACUGCAGUCAACACUGGGUCAGCACAGUGGGGCUUCACAGUCAUUUUCUCCCGCAGAAUCUAGAAUUUUAAAUACCAGUUAAUUUUUACAAAUUUAAAUCCAUAAGUAAAUAUCUUAUUACAGUGAAUUAAAAAAAAAAAAGAAAAAACCCUAUCAAACAAGUUGGCAUUCCCGAGGGGACUGAGAACAAACAACUAUGAUGUUGUUACUUCAGUAACAGACUAACUCUGGACACACAACUCUCAACACCAAAGUACUCAAGAAUAGUUAACAAAUAUUUCUAAAGCAAACAAAGACUAUUUCAUUAUUGUUGAGCUCACGUUUCACCUGUUUUUUUUUUUUUAACCUAUCCAUAACAUUGAUUUAAAAAAAAAAAAACCCACCUCUAAUUAAAAUUUUCUUCUUUAUUUGGAUGGGUCCUAAGUACCCAUUUCCAAAUUUCUUUUCAAAAAUUGAAACAUCUUCAUUUUAAAAAAUAAUUCUCAAAAUAAGCACUUGGAGUUUGUCAUUGCAGAACUUUGCCUACAUUUCUGAGUCUAAUCAUAAAAUGAAAGUUGAAAUGUAAUACGACCAGGUUCAGUGACCUGCCCAGUGUGGGGUGGGGUGAGCGGAACCGUGCCAUCCUGUCCAAGCACGUUGGUAACUUUGUGUUCUUGACUGUGUGGUUCUGUAUUGCGGGUGUCACAGGAAGGCCAGGGAUGGAAAUGCAUUGGGGGUUGGAAGGAGGCCCCCUCCAGGAGCAGGCCUGCCCACCAGAGCUCUGCUCCUGGUGUAAGUGUGAGCAGCUGAGGCCCUUCCUAAGCACCCUCUCUAUCUCCACUAACCACCCUAAGAGAUGCUAUGGAAGAUUGGCUGCUUGUGGCUACAGUUGCUACCUAUAAGUCAAUAAAGAUUUAUUAAAUGUCUGUUUUGUGCCAGGCCCUGUUCUAGGCCCUAGGGUUGCACAGUGACAAGACAGGGUCCUUGCUCUUGUGGAACUUACAUUUUAGGUGGCCAGUGAACAAAUAAGUCACCACAGAAAGUAUCAGCUAGCAUUGUGUUAUGUGGUAGGUUAACAAGACAGAUGACUGCGUUGCUACUUUAGAAUUACGGGUUGUGGAGGGCUGCUCUGGGGAAAUGACAUUUCAACCUGAAAAUGGCCAGAGGGAACCAGGCUUGGGACAAGGCGGGGGGAGGGCUCCAGGUAGAGGAAGGCCAAGUGCAAAGGCUGACAGGCAGGAGCCUGUGUGUGUGUGUGUGUGUGGUCACUGUCCAGUGAGAAGGCAGUGGGACGAGAUGAGGCAAGGGAAGUGGACAGGGGCCAGAGCACAUCAGGCUUUGGAAUCUAGAACAAGAGGUUUGGGUUUCAUUCUUGGUAUGUUGUAAAGCUUUCAGAGGGGUUGGGGCAAAGGAGUGGGACGAGCUGAUUUAUGUUUUAAAAAGAUAGUUCUGGUUACUGUGUGAAUAGAUUUCAGAAAAAGGUGGGGAGGCAGAGAGCCAUUAGCCAACUAUCGCAACCAACCAAGCCGUCAUCCCGGUGGGAGAUGAGGUGGUCUGGGUUAAGGGUGUGGAGUGGAGACCAGAGAAAGUUUCUGGACCUGUUUUAGGGCAGAGUCAAGAACUUGCAUGAGAACUGGAUGGAGGGGAAGGGAGAAGCAGCCACCGAGGAGACCUCCUAGUUGCCUGAGCAACUGGUAGCUGGAGGAGAUGGGCCAUAUCAAGUAUGAGGUACCUGUUUAGGAAUCCAAACUCAAGAGUUCAGAUAGGCAACUGAUUUUAUGAAGUCCCAGAAGAGGUCAGCGCUGGAAUAUGUCACAGAAUAAAGACAUGAGACAUGAGGUUGAGGACACCUGGGCAAAGUACGGACAUAAAGAAGACCAGGGCACUCUCCAUUCUGGGUUUCCCUGUGUGGGCACAUGACCGGGACUGGAGGAGCUGAUUGUUCAGUCAAAAGGAAGAGGUUAGAGCUGUUUCCCCUGCCCUCCAAGGGAGCUUGUUCUGUGGGAAGAGUCUGGGUGGAACUGGAAUCUGCACAAGUCCUCCUCUCCAGCUGUGGAUAUUGUUCCUGAGCCGUUUACUCAAGUGCUGCAUUUAUGGAUUUAGCAACGUUUCCCUUGAGUUUCCAAUGCUAAUAAAAGAGUGUUUGCCUUUUCACACUA